GUGAAGUACUUAGCCGCCUACUUAUUGCUCGUUAACGCUGGUAACGCCACCCCAUCUGUUGCUGAUGUCAAGUCCGUCUUGGAAUCCGUCUCCAUCGAGGUUGAGGAAUCCAAGAUCGAAGAAUUGAUUGCCGGUGUUGAGGGUAAGUCCGUUGAAGAGUUGAUCGCUGAAGGUAACACCAAGUUGUCCUCUGCUGGUCCAAUCGGCGGUGCCUCUCCAGCUGCUGCCUCUGGUUCCGCUGCCGGUUCUUCUGCCGCCGCUGCCGAAGAAGUUGUUGAAGAAGCUGCUGAAGAAUCCGAUGACGACAUGGGGUUCGGUUUGUUCGAUUAA